AUGCCCCUCUUCAAGAGCAGAAAGUCCAAGUCCCCAUCCAAUCCUCCAUCGACUCCUUCUCCUCCAUCGCGAUAUCCUGCCCGCUCCGUUGAACAACUGGUUCACCCCGCGUUUGUUGCUCCACCGGCCCCCAUCAACAACAAUAGCAAUCACCGACUCGACGAAUACCCAGACCGUCACGUCUCGGAUUAUCGUCUCAACUACGACGGCCCUGCGACUGCUACUGACUUGCCUCCGCCACCACCUUCACAUCAGCGGCCACCUCAGCUUCAAGAACCCACCCAAUCCUCCUCCGCCUCCUCGUUGCACCGCUCCCAGAGCCAGCGUCAGCCCCACCUGCAACAACGCGACCGACCGACGGUCAGUGUCGUCGCCCCUGAGGAGCAACCCCAACCUCGUCGUUCCAAAAAGAGCUUGUUUGUGCGACCGUCGUCGGGUUUUCUGGAGCGCAAAGUCUCCGUCAAAGGGAAAUCCAUCUCCCAUCCCAUCUCCCAGCCCACGUCGCCGCAACAUUCCCCUCAUAAUACUUUGGGCCCGACCAACGAGGAUCAAUAUCAACAACAUCUACCGAGCUAUUCGGACAACUCGUCCCCCGUCUCGAAUAAUCCAUCAUAUGACCCGCGGGCCGCAUCACUAGCCUAUCAGCAACAGUACCAGCAGCAGCAAUUUUUGCGAUCGUCGCGCGACAAUCUCGAGUGGCCCCCGCAGCAGCAACAAUCGCAGCAACCACCACCGCCGCCAGCACACCAGUCCCACACGCAAUCGCAAUCCCUUUCACUCCAACAACCCCUACCAUUGCACCAUCGCCCCCUCCCAUCCCCUCUCGAGCGCUCAAACACCGAUCCAAGCUUGCUCGAGCAACCCAGUAGCCGCCCAUCGCCCACCGACGCGCCGCCCGAGUCGCCCCGUUAUACCCCCGAUCACCUGGGCCAUCGAGGCCAGCAAUCCCAAUCACGUUUCCAGCAGGAUCUGGUAUUAAAUUCCCGGCCCCCUUCCCGGCAGACCCUGGAGCCAAUUGCCCCAGUCCGUCUGCAAGUCCAUCCUGACGCCAUGCAGCAGGCUUCUACACAGGUGCCACCCCAGAGCCAGCCGCAGCAGCAACAGCAGCAACAGCAGCAGCAGCCACCCCCAACCCCACUCGCAAACGAACGGGCCCCGGGCGAUUCAGAUCGACGGGGCAGUACCGUACAGACCAUGCCAGAACCGGGACGGGGUACUCCAACCGGGACGCGGACACUUGAAGACCCAAGCGAGAUUGAUGUGCGGGCAUUACUGCAGAAACAUGAGGAAUUGCAAACCAAAUAUUCCAAGGUGAAGCGGUACUACUUUGACAAGGAAGCGCAAGUACAGCAUCUCCAGAAUACGGUGGCACAUCAGCGUAUGGCCGUGUCUCGCACUGUAUUAGAUGAUAAUGAAUACGCAAACCGGUUCACACGGCUGGAUGGAGCUAUCAAGGAUCUGGCCUUCUCGGUGCGCAAGGACUGGCGUGGUAUCCCGACAUGGUUGCAUGGUUUGGUGACGGAUGAUGCGACCACCGUGGGUACCAAGGAGAUGACGGCAGUUGGUAGGGCCGUGAUCAGUCGAUGGUUAGUGGAAGAGGUCUUUCAGCGACAUUUCCAUCCUGCCCUGGAUCCAACCCUGAGCAUUCAGUUGAAGAGUAUCGAGAUGAAUCUCCGACGACAGCAGAUGCGGCCGUCCACAGAUGAAGACCGCGAGAAUGCAAUUGUGCGGCUGUCCAACUGGCGCCGAACAACGUUUGACGGACUCGGUGAUACACUGUCUACUCCGGCGGCCCAAGAGCAUCGCGCAGAGCUAGUCGAACAUUCAACUGCAGAGCUUGCCUCAUUCCUGAGCAGUCAGUUGCAUGAUCCAGCCUUGCCAGGCUUGGAGGCUGGUGUGCGGAUGAUCAUCGAGAAUACCAUCAACAUCACGGAGAAAAUCCCCCUCGAGGCCCGCGACGUUUGUGUGGAGUACUUCCCACCUAACAUCACCUUUGUCGAAGGGUACAUGAAAGUGGAAGGCGGACUUCCACCUCUCACGCAUCAACCCCCACCACCCGCAGACCAGGAGCCCGAUGACUCUGCCGCUGUCGAGGACGACUCCUCGCCUGCUUCCAACUCGACCGGACCCGGGGACAUCGUCUCCGCACCUACCCACAAACCUCAAAAGAAGUCUGUCUUUGGAGCACUGAUGGGUCGUAAACCCGCCGGCCCAGCACCAACUCGCCCCUCCGCUGGAGCAACCCAUGAAGAGAAGCCCGCUCCAACGGAAGAACGCGAAACCCAGCCACGCAUCCGAUUUGCAUCCUUCCUAACAGUGGAAGUACGCGGUAAAGGUCCACCAAUGGUUCUAGUCAAAGCCCCCGUAUGGAUGAUAGAGUGA